CUACUAGUUUGGGACUGACAUCCGGCUAGGAUAAGGAGGUUUAGGACUGAGGAGAACCACCCCCCCUCCCCCAAAUAUUCACUUAGUCAGACUGAAAAGUCACUUGUUUGCUUUGGGCAGUUCAAAGACUCAAACUCAGGAUUUUCUGCACGACACAGAGUUGAAGUGCUGCUUGGAACCCAAGAAAAUCAAGUCUAACACAGUGAAAUUCCCAACUCUGCCUCUAGCAAAGAAUGAAGUUACUUCUGCCACUACUAAUGGGCCUCGGCUUGGGUUUUUCAGGAGCAGCAGAGGGCUUUGUGACCCAUGUGGAGAGUAGCUGUGUGCUGGAUGAAGAUGGAUCAGCAAAGGACUUCACAUAUUGUAUCUCCUUCAACAAGGCUAUGCUAACCUGCUGGGACUCAGAGACUAAAAUGAUGGUUACUGUUAACUUUGGGAUAUUGCAAGGAAUAGCUGAACAGAUUACCAAUUACACUAACCAUCAGAGCAACUUUAUAUCUCGCCUGAGCAAUGGACUUCAAGACUGUGCCAGUCACACAAAGCCUUUCUGGGGGGCAUUGACGCAGAGGACACGACUACCAUCAGUGCAAAUAGCCCAGGUCAAACCAUUCAACACAAGGGAAUCAGUGAUGCUGGCCUGUUAUGUAUGGGGCUUCUAUCCUGCUGAUGUGGCCAUUUCAUGGUUGAAGAAUGGACAGCUUAUUCCACAAAGUGGUAUUCAGAGAGCUGUACAGUCCAAUGGGGAUUGGACUUAUCAGACAAGAUCCUACUUGGCCCUUACCCCCUCUACUGGAGAUAUUUACUCUUGCCUUGUAGAGCAUAGUGGGACUUCUCAGGCCAUCUUACAGACCUGGACACCUGGCCUCUCUCCGAAGCAGACAUUGAAAAUCUCCGUAUCUGUAUUUACUCUGUGCUUUGGUCUCAUCAUCUUCUUCCUUGGCCUGGUGUCCUGCCGAAAAGCUGGCUCUUCUGAUUACACUGUUCUCUUGGGGUCCAAUUAUCCUGAAGGUAGAAACAUCUCAUAAAGGCUAAAUACUACAUCCCUGCCUCAGUGGAUAGAGCGCUGGGCCCCAUGGCAGAAAGACUGGAGUUCAAAUCUGGCCUUAGACACUAGCUGUGUGACCCUGGGAAAGUCACUUGACAUCUAUCUGCUAUAGUUUCUUCAUCCUUAAAAUGAGGUUAAUAAUAGCACCUACUUCCCAGGGUUGUCAUGAAGAUUAAAUGAGAAUAAUUGAAAAGUGCUUGUUACAUAGUAGGCAUCAUAUAAAUAUUAGUCAUUAUUAUUAUCCUUUCCAGUUGGGAAUAGGAACUCUAGUUGGUAACCAACUCCCAUUUCCUCUUCCUAUACUCUUCUCCUUAUUCCCCAAACACUGCCUCCCUAAUUAUCUUUCUUAGGAUCUGGUCACUUCUCUCCAUGGACACUCUGCUAAGCCAUCCCUCCUCACCUUUGGUUACUCAGGGAAAACUCAUCCUUGAGGCUGACUGAAAGCCCAGUUACAGGAGGUGGGUUGUCCACAAAAUUGAAACGAAGGAAAAUAAAGUAUUAUUGUGAAUCCCAUUUUACUAUUGGAGGCACUAAGUAAGUAAACUCUGUGGGAUAAAUCUUAGAGCUCUCUAUGUCUAAUUACUUCUCAUUCCUGGGACACAGGGAAGAGAAGAAAUGUAGCUUAAAGUUUAGUAUACUAAUGCAAAACAUUAAAUAUAUAGUAUUCACAAAGCACUGUACUAUGGUAGAAGGAUACAAAGAUAAACCAAUAAAUUUAUUAAGCAUCUAUUAUAAUCAGGCACUAUAAUAGGCACUGGGGAUACAAACACAAAAAUGAAACACUCUCUGUCCUCAAAGGGCUUGUGAUCUCCUGGAAAGACACAUAUAUACCAAAUUAGUUUCAUGAAGAAGAAGAGAGUAUUUACAAUGAAGGGCAACAGGAAAGGUCUUAUAUCAAAGGUAGCACUGGAGAUGAGUGAACUCUGAACUAAGCUAGAGAUGGUUUAGAGAUGGAGGUGAGGAAGAGGUACAUUUCAGGACUGGAAAAGUCUGUACAGAGAGACAAAGGUAAGAGAUGGAAUGCUAUGCACAGGAAAUAGCUAAUAGGCUAGUUGAUUGGAGCAGAGUUUUUGAAAAGGAAGAAUGAAAUGAUUGGAAAGGUAAGGGAGAGUCAUAUUGUGGGAGGCUUUAAGUGCUAAGCUUAGUGUAUUAUUUUAUCCUAGAGGUAAUCAGGAGUCACUGAAGAUGUUUGAUUAGGGGAGUAUCUUAGGAAUAACAAUGUGGCAUCUGGGUGGAAGAUAAGGAGGGGAAGAGGGGAAAUAGGGGAACUAAUGUAAGGCUAUUGUAAGAAUACAGGUAAGAGGUAAUAAGGUAGUAAACUAGGGUAGUAGCUGUGUGAGUGAACAGAAAGGAAUGGAGUGGUGGGAAUAGGCGAAACUUAGCAACUGACUGGAUGAGUGAUGAUGGGGAGUGGAAAAAUCUAGGAUGAAUUCAACAUGGGUGACAGUUCCUGCAACAGAAAUAGGAAAGUUUGUAGGAGAAAUAUUUGGGGAUAAAUAUGAGUUCUGUUUUGGACAUGAAUUUGAGAUACCGAUUGGAUAUUUAAGUAGAAAUGUCUAGCAGGUCGGUGAUAACGUAGGACAGGUGCUCAGCAGAGAUAUUAGGGUUAAACGGAUUUGGUAGUCAUCUGAAUAGAAAUGAUAAUUGAACCCCUGGAAACUGCUGAGCUCACCAAGGGACUGAGUGUAGAGAGAUAUGAAGGCCCAGGAAAGAGCCUUAGAGGAAGAUUAUAUUUAGUGGGCAGGAGAAAAUGAUUUAGCAAGUAUCUAGCGUUCUUACCCUAAGUUUAUAAGUUAAUGGUGGGGAGGAGAUAUAUACAAAUUAGUAUAAUGCAAGUUAGAAUAUGAAGUCCUAAAGGAGGCCUAUUCUUAUCUUGCCAGAUUCUGUUUCCUCUCUCUUGUUUCUGCGAAUGUUGUUUUCCCCUACUAUAAUGUAAGUUCUUUGAGGCAAAUACUGUGGGUGUGUAUUUCGCUAGCAUCUAGCACAGUGCCUGUUGAAUGAAGGGCUGAAUAGGAGUGAUCAGACAGUUCCUGAGAUUCUAGGAGCAGGGAUCACUUCUGAUUGGGGAAAUAAAGCCUCUUCUCCUGGUGGUGGCAGCACUCAAGGUCUUGAACAUUUCAAUAGGAGAUGGAGAAGUAGACUGUUUAGAUAAGGUGGGAUGGAAAUACGAUGUAUACAUAUAGGAGAAGGUGGGAUGAAAUUUUAGAAUAUCAUUUCACUUUGGCUAGAAUAAUUAGUCAAUAAGUAUUUACCGAGGAUUUACUUGUUAUCAGGCAUUGUGCCAAGUAUUAGAGAUUUAAAGACAAAAGUCAGUUCCUACAGCGGAAGAGUUCCCCAUCUAACCUGAAAGAACUAGCAAGCAAAUAUGUACAAACAAGCUCUAUGGAGGAUAAAUAGGAAGUAAUUGACAGAUAAAAGGCAUUAAGGAGGACUUGGGAAGGGCUUUUUGUAGGAGCUGAGAAUGUAGAAUGCCCAGAAGAAAAGACUGAAAUGAGGCUGAAAAGAUAGGAACCAAAUUUCAGUGGGCUCUGAAUACGAGACUGAGGAAUUUACAAAUUAUAUAAGCAAUUAAAAUAAAAUAAAAUAUAAAAUAAAAUAAGCCUACAUAAGUUUUUUUGGGGGGGGAGGGGUUCAGGGUGGAAGUUGAGGGAGGCAGUGAUUUUGAGUCAAGGGGAUGAGGAAGAUUACUUUGUCUUUGGUUUUAAAGGAUGGAUUUGAACUAGGGUAAGGUCAGAAGAUUGUUUAACUAGGGUAAUGGCAAUGGCAAUGGAAAGUCUGUGACCGAUGUAAAAGAAAUUUCAUGGGGAGAAUCAGACCUUUACAACUAAUUGGAUAUAAGGAAUGGGAAAGAAUCAAGAGAAUACCCAACAUUUCAAGUUUGGGUGAUUGUUUAAAAUGUGGGUACUAUUAAUAGAAAUAGGGAAGUGAGAAAAGGAAGCUUUAGGCAGAAAGAUGAUUGAGUUAUAUUUUGGACAUGUUGAAUUUGAGGUAUUGGUGUUGGACAGCUAUCCAUCAGGUAGUUAAGAAAUUAUGUUUUACUAUAUAUGUAACAAUAAUGAAAAAAGAAACCAAUACUGAAACAUUGCAGCACUUUGAUUAAUACAGUGACCAAUCACAACUUUAAAAGAUUGUUGCUAAAACACUUCUUCCUUUCACUGAAGAGGAGAAAAGCCCAAUAUAGGAUGACAUGAUAUUUUAAAACAUGGUCAAUGUGUUGAUUUAUGUUUUCCUUGACCAUACCUUGUUAUAAGGGAGGGUUCUAUAGGGUGGGUGGGGGAAGGAUUAAUCCAAUUAAACACAAAAUACAACAAAAGAAAAAACUUCAGAUGGGAAGCAGAAACAAGGCAAUCAUAAUACUAUUAAAUGUAAUGUGCAUUUGAAAAAAGAAACCAUAUAACAGUUCAUAAUUUUAUAUGCAAUGCUUUUCUUUGUCCUUUUUUGUAUAUUGGAAUAUUUGUGUUAAAUUCAUAAUAAAUAUCGUUUUAAAAAUGUC